UAGCAGGGUAAGAGUCCAUGACAUCUUAUAAUUGCCUAUUCAUGUGCCUGCCUCCUGUCCUUCAACUGUGAGCUCCCUGAGGGCAGGGACUGUGGGUAUGCAUCACUGAACACCCAGCAUCUAGCCCAGUGUCUGGCACAUUGUAGGCAUUCCAAUGUCUGGUGAAUGAAUGAAUGGCAUUUGCCUUCUUGGUGCAUUCAUUACUUAAUACAUAUUUAUUGAGCAAUUACUUAUGAUCAGCACUGUAGUCACACUUAAAUGUCAAAAUUUACCAAUGCAUUCAAGCUCCACACUACGCAUGCAUAAAUUAUGCAUAUGGAGUGUUAACAUGCGCACGCAGCAGAGAUCCCGUAUGUAUCUACAAAUACCAGAGGUAGCAAAUGCAGUCAACUGUGUGCCAGAUGUCCCCGAAAUUUACAAAGAACCAAGAAGAACCAAAACUGACAGUUAGCUCCAUGAACGCUAUAAAAGAAAAAAGAAAAAUGCAAAAGAACAAAAGAACCUCACACAGAAGGAAGUGGCUAUGGGUUUUUUCUAUGCACUCAAGCCGGGGGUGGGGAAGAUUUAUAAAAGCAUUCUAUGCUGGGCAGGUUUGUGUAAGUCUGAGUUCCUCCAGGCUUGCCUCUUAGGAGCUGUUAGGAAAAUUCAUUGCCAUGCACGAAUCGGGGGCUUGUUUUUCAUUCCGCUGGAAAUUGUUCAUGGGAAUUGCAUUAGCGGCCCUUUAUCGCUUUGCCUGAUAGAGAGACAGCAGGUUCACCCAAGCAAUUCUGGAACCCUGAUCACUGCCAAUUAAGGGAGCAUUGUCUGGCUGACAUAAUCAACUUCACAGGACAACAUGGAAGCCAUCGCCAAGUUUGACUUCACCGCCUCAGGGGAGGAUGAACUGAGCUUUCACACUGGAGAUGUUCUGAAGAUCUUAAGUAACCAAGAGGAGUGGUUCAAGGCGGAGCUUGGGAGCCAAGAAGGAUAUGUGCCCAAGAAUUUUAUAGACAUCCAGUUUCCUGAAUGGUUUCACGAAGGCCUCUCGAGACACCAGGCAGAGAACUUACUCAUGGGCAAGGAGGUUGGUUUCUUCAUCAUCCGGGCCAGCCAGAGCUCCCCAGGGGACUUCUCUAUCUCCGUCAGGCAUGAGGAUGAUGUUCAGCACUUCAAGGUCAUGAGAGACAACAAGGGUAAUUACUUCCUGUGGACAGAGAAGUUUCCAUCCCUAAAUAAACUGGUGGACUACUACAGGACGACUUCCAUCUCCAAACAGAAGCAGAUCUUUCUGAGGGAUAGAACCCGAGAGGAUCAGGGUCGCCGGGGCAACAGCCUGGACCGGAGGCUCCAGGGAGGCCCACACCUCAGUGGGGCUGUGGGAGAGGAAAUCCGGCCCUCAAUGAACCGGAAGCUGUCAGAUCACCCACCACCCGCUCCCUUGCAGUAUCCCCCGGGACCGCCACCACAGCAGCAGCGGUAUCUGCAGCAUCACCAUCUUCAUCAGGAACGCCGUGGAGGCAGCCUUGACAUAAACGACGGACACUGUGGCUUGGGCAUGGGUGGCGAAAUGAAUGCCGCCCUCAUGCACCGGAGACACACAGACCCGGUGCAACUCCAAGUGGCUGGGCGAGUGCGGUGGGCCCGGGCGCUGUACGACUUUGAGGCCCUCGAGGAUGACGAGCUGGGAUUCCGCUGCGGAGAGGUGGUGGAGGUUCUGGAUAGUUCCAACCCGUCCUGGUGGACUGGCCGCCUGCACAACAAACUGGGCCUCUUCCCUGCCAACUACGUGGCCCCCAUGACCCGAUGAAGCCCUUCUGAAGCAGUCAGAGGCUUUCGUCUGAAGCUGCCUUCAAGAGAGGGGGCAAGGAAGAAAAGCUGGGACUAUAUACACGUAUAUAUAUGUGCGUGUAUAUGUGUAUUUACACAUACACGCACAUAUAUAUAUGCCUGUGUAUACACACAUUUUAUAAUAGUAAUUUAUUGGCAAUUUAGUUGGAUAAUUAGUUGAUAUGAAAGGAACUCAGGUGGGGAA